CCAAAAACGGAAACCUAGGUAGGUUGUAAAUUUCGCAUUUUCGCGUGAGUAUUGAGUAUACAUACGUUUUCACAUAAAAUGGAAAAAGUUAACAAAAUGAAAAAUUGGGUUAUUUGUUGUAAACAUUGGAGUUUAGUAUUUAGUUGGAAUUUAAAAAAGAAAAAACUCAAUUUGAUCGUCUAAUUUAAUGAUGAACAAUAACAUACUAUACAUACAGCAUCACUUAAUAUUACAUAAAUAUGCGAAAGACUUUCAUCACGCUCAAUCAUCCCUUCUACAAUGGUACUAGUUUUUACGCGAAACAUCCCCAUCUUCUUCUCUAAAAUGUUACUUUGGCCAUCACCAGAUAUGCACUGAAAAUUACGAUCAAAGACAUUGCAUCAGCUGAGCUGGUCCAUUUAAGUAAGCCUCCCGCAGCCAACUCAGUCAUUUAACAUCGCGAGCUCGCAAAUAAACAAAAGAGCAGCGUAUCGAUAAGCUCCGAAAGGAAAGCAGAACACGUGCUAGUAGCAGAAGCGGCAACGUCGCGGCGCAACGCGAUUGGCAGCGAAAAGCCCAAUACGCAUGCGCGUCAGCUGACUUCUUUAUAUAUACUUACUAUACACAUCUCGUCCGCUGUACGCGAGACCGAGAGGGAGAAUAUAUAUACCUAUAUGGAGCUGUGGCAGUAGCGCAACGACCACACGAUGUAAAUACUCCGAGGGACACGUAAUUCACUUUCGAAUUAGGAGGAAAGUCGGCAGCGGCUGCUCGCAGUGAAAAGCCUGGAGCUUCGCAGUCAACAAGUGCACGGUGUCUCUCUCAGAAAAGCGCGUCAGGCGCAUCAUCGACGUGGACCAGCUGCAGAACCGACGACAUGCGCUGUCUUUUCGCGAUUUUCAUCCUGCAGGCGGCCUGCGGUCUCGUGGCUGUUUUCGCCGCCGACGGGGCCAAGAAGAACGAUACCGUCUUCGUGCCGACCAAAGAGUGGCAGACGGUGAAAAAGGGCUCUCCCAUUCCUGCUGGUCUCCACAUAAGACACAAUUUACAAACUGGAGUAACCGAAGCCAAAUUAAUGGAUGAGGAUGAAUCCGAUGAGAAAUCAGAGGAGAGUAUCGACACGUUGCAACAAAAUUCCUUGACCCUGCAUCCAGAAAAGUCUUUGACGGAUGAGGAAAGCAAUUUGGAGAAGAAGGAUGAACCAAUUGAACAGGCAAAAAUUCCUUUUGAAGAGUUGAAAGCUAUGUUGAAGAAAAUUAAGUCUGAUGAAUCUGAUGCUCUGUUACAGACAAAGAAUGUUGAUGAAGCUCAGUCAGAGAGAAAGAAAAAAUACAGGAGUUACUCUGAACUAAAAAAAGAGCUGGAAGCAUUAAACAUGAAUAUAUCUACUGACUCUGAAGUACUUACAAGUUUAUUCAGUCAAUUUGAGUCCUAUAAAGAAUCUUUGACUGGAGAUAGCAUGGAUGCCAACAAGGUUGAGGACAUACUAGAAAUUCUCAACAAUUUGGAAUACCUCAUCCAUCAAAUAGACAAUGCACAAUUGUUUACGGAUAUGGGAGGAAUGGCAAAAAUUAUCUCUCCAUCUCUAAACUCAACAAAUUGGGAAGUAAAAGCAGAAGCACUAAAACUGCUGGGUGCUGCAGUUCAGUCUAAUCCAAAAGUUCAACUGAAAGCACUAGAGAGUGAUUUUGUUCAAAAACUAUUGCACAUGCUGACUGUUCACAAUAAAGUUGAAGUGAAAUCGCGGUGUUUGUUCGCUCUUGGAGCUCUUGUGAGGCAUUUUCCUGCUGCUCAAAAAGCUCUCGUUAAUAACGGUGGUUUAGAAGUAUUUGGCAAGAUUUUAAUCGACGGACAGUCUCAAGUUCAGACUAGGGUAUUAAAUUUGAUCAACGAUUUGACUAUUGAGAGACAAAAUCUCAAAGAAAUUCAAGAUGAGCAGCAGAGACUUAGAAGAACAAGGGAGUACGAUUUAACGAAUUUCGAACCAAAACUGUUGAUGCACAGUUAUUGUCAAAAUCUAGUCGAUUUGAUGAUCAGGAGCUUGAGGAUAGAUUCUGACAUUGACGAUUUUCACGAAGUCAUCUAUGAGAGUAUGAUAACUCUCAGUUUUAUUUGUAAAGACGAUUUUGCAAGCAAGAAAAGGGUGCUGUUACCAGAAAUACAGAAAAUGUUGAUUAGGUAUCGCGAUUCGCCUAAAAUAAACGAGGACGGUGAAAACUUGAACUUACAUCAUCAGGAGUUGCUCGAGAAAUUACGAAGCAUCAUUAGCGAACAGCAACACGACGAGUUGUAGCAUUUGUUAACAAAGUGCUUAACCAUAUCCAUUGUACAUACCAUCGACGCGCACCUUAAGACAAAGUGAUUUUCGUUUGCAGUUGCAUUUAUUGAGGGGCGCGGUAGUGCCUCGAUGGCGAGUAUAAGUGUAAAUAUAUGUAAAUACAUUCAUGUACCGGCAUUGUAUUUUAAAGAUUUUAACGAAACAUUUCUAAUAAAAUAGUAUUUGGCUGGGAAAAUCGUUUCCUUGGCGAAAUAGUAAAAUUUGAAAAUAA